AUGCCGCCCAAACGCACAAGAGAGCAUCGUGCGUCUUUGACUCCUCGAUAUAUAUAUCUAUCUAUCUAUAGAUCCGCAGGCCCAAGACAGAGUCAGAAUCCUACCGGUGUGACUCCAGAAAUUGUAGCCAAACGAACGAAACGGCAUCUCAUUGAGCUCGAGAAAUCAAACUACGAAGAGCCUAAUUUUACGGCUGGAGAUGAGGAAGAAACAGGAAAUCACUCGAAAGGGCGUGCACGUACACUCAUAUCCGAAAAACGCAACUUUAACAUCCCCGGACUGAAGAGAAAGAAGUCCAGUAUGAGUGUGCGCUCAGCUUUGAUAUAUCGGAAGAAUUUCUCGACCCUUUUGGAGGACUUCAAUCUCGAUGCGACCACUCCUAGUUACUUAACAGUACAGGCACCUUCUCCUUCUUACCCACCGCGACUCAUCUGCUCAGUCUGUGGCUACUGGGGAGCUUAUAAAUGUGGUCGAUGUGCGUUACCAUAUUGCGACCGUGAUUGUCGAGGGGUUCAUGAAGAAACUCGUUGUGAGCGACGCGUUGUUUAG